UGGCUCCUAGACCAGACUAGAGUACACGGUAUAUAAAGACGAGAAACACGCCCUUCUCACCAGAUCCACAUCAACACACUGCCCAGCAACGCACUCCUACUCUCUACCUUCGAAACCAUGUCUGAAAUCGUCGCUAUCAUCGGAGCCACUGGCGCUCAGGGAGGAUCCGUCCUCACUUCGCUGUACAGCGCUUCUGACAAGUACCAGCUUCGUGCUGUCACCCGCAACGUCGACUCCACUCGUGUCAAAGAGCUACGCGCUCAAUACCCUGGCGUCGAGUGGGUAGCAGCCGACAACAACGAUGUUGAGAGUCUACGCAGCGCCUUCAAGAACGUUGACAUCGUGUUUUCUACCACCAACUAUCUGCAGCCCGAGAUCUUUGCCAAAGUCGAUGCUGGCGACCUGGAUGCCGAGUUCAAACAGGGCAAGAACAUUGUCGAUGCAGCUGUUGCCGAGGGAGUCAAGCACUUUGUCUACAGCUCGCUUGAGAGCCCGUCUCAGGGAAGCAAUGGCAAGUAUUCCAAGGCGUACGAGCCCGAGGGCAAGCAGAAGAUCGAGCAGUACGCUCGCAGCCACUCGGACAAGAUCAAGGGCUAUUUCGUGUAUGCCGCCUUCUACUUCCAGAACUUCUUGCACGCAGGAAUCUGGUCGACCAACAGCAACGGCGAGAAAACAGUCACCUUUGGUUACCCGCUCCCUGCUGAUGCACGCCAGCCUUAUGUUGACAUUGAGGUCGACUUUGGAAACACUGUGCGUGGGAUCCUUGAUGGCCGCGCCAGCUACGAAGGCAAGACAGUCAAGAUCGCUGAGGGUGACUACACUGGCCCUGAGAUCGCCGAGGCAUUCACGCGCGCCACCGGUAUCCCGGCAGACUAUGUCCACUACAAGGUGCCUGAGCUUGACCGCGCAGAGAUCAACGAGAUGCUCGACUACUUUGUCGAAUUUGGCCCAUUCAGCGUGCCUGGGUUUGUUGAUGCCAAGCCGGCCUCAAACACCCCGUUCAAGACUGUAGACGAUUUCUGGCAGCGCUACUCUGCAUACAGACCAGAGGAGCACUGAUGUUCAGCACGCCAAUAGCUGCAGCUGAUGGUUUUCAAUAGUCUGUAUUCGAAUAUACUACAUUCUCUUUAAUGGACAUAGCGGAAGUCGG